CUUCAUUUGACGCGCUCAAAUGUAUUGCUUUCAUCUCACCCUGUACACGUGCAAAAACAAUUCAAACACAAUCAACACUUGCAAUCCAUUCCCAUUGUCAUCUUACAGCUUGCCACCAUCAUCGUAUCUCUCUCCUAUUCAGGUAACUAGAGAUCUUCUAUAUCAAGAUGGGCCGAAAAUCUAACGUUUGCAAGUUCCCAGUCGCACGGAUCAAGAAGAUCAUGCAAGCUGAUGAGGAUGUAGGAAAAGUCGCACAAGCUACUCCUGUUGUUGUUUCCAAAUCACUCGAAUUGUUCAUGGCAAGCAUCUUGGAAGCCACUGUCAAAGAAGCCAGAGCUACCGGACAGAGAAAGCUCACACCAGCACAUUUCAAACGUGCGAUUCACAACAACGAAACAUUUGAUUUCUUAAAGGAUAUCGUCGAAGAGGUAAAAGAUGAAGGAGCUGAAGCUGGCUCAUCUGAACCGAAAGCAAAGAAGAGACGUACUGCAAAGACUGAAGAUAGCGAUUAAAGGCUUAUUCAUCUGUGUACUUUUAUCAUUCCUUGUAUCAAUUUGUGUACAAUAGAUUCUUGAUCGGUGACGUUGUUGAGUUGGAUGCAGUCAGUGGCUUUUG